UUGCACGCGUUUGACUUAAGUUGUACCGGUUUUAUUUUUCCGCGUAUAAUUGCCCAGAAAUCGUUCAUUUAUGAUUUAGAUUUUCUGUUCCGGCCCGCAUUAUUAUUUUGACUGUGAACAUGACGGACAAACUGGCAGAUCUGUACGAGAAGUACGGUAAAUUGGCGGAAGCAAAAGACGUCUCCCAGCUAAGCGAUCACUAUGUUUCGUGUAUCGAGGGCACUAAGUGCGGUGACAAGGAAAAGCAACUGGCGGCCCAAAUAAUUUCAAAAUUUUUCAAACACUUUCCCAGUUUACAAGAUAAGGCUUUGAACGCCGUUUUGGACUUGUGUGAGGAUGAUAACAGUCAGAUCAGAAUUUGUGCUAUGAAACAACUGCCCAUCAUCAGCAAAGACUCCAAAGAACAUCUGUCAAAGAUUGCAGACAUUCUUGCACAGUUAUUGCAACUAGAAGACCAGGAUUAUGCUGUGGCCUGUAACUGUUUAGUACAAGUGUACAAACAAGAUCCCCUGCUUGUGACAAAAAUUAUUUUUAAUUCUAUGCACUCCACAACGGACUACAACUUGAGGGAAAAGUGUAUCUCUUUCCUUUUCCAGAAACUGAUCAAGAUUCCUGAGAAAAUGUCACAGGAACUUGAGGAAGUUCUCAUUGAGGAAAGCAAAAAAUCUAUUCUGGAGUCUAGUCCCACAGAGUUUAGUGUUCUGAUGUCUUAUUUGAAGACAUCAAAGUGUGGCAAAACUGUCCAAGGUACUUAUGAAGUGGUGAAUCUGGUGGCAGAUAAGGCAGAACUUGACAAAGACUUUGAUCCACUGGAUGAAGAGAGCAAUGAUACUGCCAGAGUGAUUUUAUGUGUAGAAAGUGUUUUACCCUUUUUCAAUGCCAGUGUACAUUCAGACAAGUUUCUGAUUUAUUACUGUGACCAGAUUUUGCCACAGCUCAACAACAUCAUCAAAGUUAAUGAUGGAGAAGCUAUCAAGAUUAGAUUAUUAAGGCAACUAGCCGAGUUAAGUUUCCAUUGUGGGAAAUUGGAAAAUCCUUCUCUGCAUGUUGUACAAAUUUUUGACAAACUUAAGGAUUACAUGCCUCCCCCGCCGGCAGAAAUCGUGGAAAUGCCGAACCUGGACUUCACAUCAGUCGAAUGCCUGCUGUACUCGUUCCACCGUUUGGCACGUCAGUGUCCCGACUUUCUGACCGCCGAUCCGUCCGUUCUGAAGGACUUUAGGUCACGUCUGACGUACUUUUCUAGGGGCGUGCAGGGCUGCAAGAAAUCGUUGGAGGCGGUCAUCGGUUCGAAGGUGCCGCUGGCGAACGAGAACGCGGUGAAAGCGAAACUAGCACCAUCCGUUCUGAACAACAUCAACACGCUCAUCAAGGAUCUGUUUUACACGCCACCGGUUUACAAAUGUAACGUGACGCUGUCGUUCAAGGGCGAAGUCACAGAAAUGAAGGCGACAGUGGAGAAAUCGGUCACAGCACAAAAACGACACACCCCAAUCACCUUCGAUGCCAGCAAUGGAAACACGAAGCACCCCCGUAAUAAAACCAGCGAAAACAUUAAAUUAUACACCCCACCCAGUGGGAAAUUCAGUAAUAAUUUCCAAAGUUACGAUCGUUCAGGCGGAAGGCCGAGAGGUGGCAACCGAGGUCGAGGUGGAAGAGGACGUGGCACAUGGAGGAAAUAGUGUUCUAAUAUUGAGUUUCAUCGAAUUACAAUUUGUUUUUUAAAGUCGAUGCGAUGAAAAUUUUUGCAAUAGUCUAAUUUUGUAAAAAAACAAAUUUUAAAAUUAUUGAAUUUCAAACACUAGUAUUUUGUGUUAUAUUUAAUAAAACAGUAUUUCUGUUUCUUAGAUUAA